AUGCAGGGUUCAAGAGUAGUAACAACGGCAAGGUGCGGACGAAAUUAAUAAUAGUUGUUUUAUCAAGCUUUAUAUCUACGACUACAUUAGCGGCAAUUCUUGUAUGGUACUUGAGAAGAAAUUUUUUAUCUGAAAGAUUGAUGUCAAGAAGCACUCAAAAUGUUGAGGCUGUUCUAAGGAAUUAUGGAUCUCCGACACCAAAAAGAUAUAGCUACUCAGACAUCAAGAAAAUGACAAAUUCAUUUACAGAGAAAUUGGGCCAAGGUGGUUAUGGUGGUGUCUUCAAAGGGAAACUACCUGAUGGUCGUUUGGUUGCAGUGAAAGUGCUAAACGCCUCUAAAGGUAAUGGAGAAGAGUUUAUGAAUGAAGUUGCAAGCAUUGGUAGGACUUCCCAUAUUCAUAUUGUUACUUUGUUGGGUUUUUGUUUUGAUGGCUCCAAAAGGGCACUUAUCUAUGAGUUCAUGUCUAAUGGAUCUCUCGAGAAGUUCAUCUAUGGCAAGAAGUCAUUGAAUACAUUCCCUCACCUCGGUUGGGAUAGACUACAUCAAAUUGCAGUUGGCAUCGCUAAGGGAUUAGAGUAUUUACAUGGUGGUUGUAAUACUCGUAUUCUCCACUUUGACAUAAAACCCCAUAACAUUCUUUUAGACGAAGACUUUUGUCCAAAGAUAUCUGACUUUGGUCUUGCUAAACUGUGUCCUAGAAAAGAGAGUAUCAUAUCAAUGGCGGAUACCAGAGGGACUAUAGGAUAUAUUGCACCUGAAGUGUUCUCUCGGAAUUUUAGAGGAGUUUCACACAAGUCAGAUGUCUAUAGCUAUGGAAUGAUGAUACUAGAAAUGGUUGGUGGACGAAGGAACAUUGAUGCAAGGGCUGAUCACACAAGUGAAAUUUAUUUUCCACAUUGGAUAUACAAGCAUAUUGAACGAGGUACACAUUUACCGUUAGACAUGAUUAUGAGGGAAGAGGAAGAAGAAACAGCCAAGAAAAUGCUUUUAGUGGGCUUAUGGUGCAUACAAGUGGAUCCACUAAGCCGACCAUCUAUGAGCAAAGUGGUGGAUAUGCUAGAAGGGAACCUUGAAUCUUUACCAAUUCCCCCCAAGCCUUAGUUAACUUCUCCACCAAGAUAACUAGCUGUUUUGUAUCAAGUCAAUAUCUUAAAAUAUUGCUUUUAUAUAUAUUUCUUGUAGAUGACAUUCUUAGUCUCCCAAAAGAAUGUGUAUUUCUCAUGGGGUAAAUUCUAACGAUUUCUUUA